UAUGUGUGAGGUUUGUGGAGUUUAGGUGCCCCAGUGUCAUGAAACACAACAUUUACUAUACUAAACCUUUGAUUUAAUCGAUCCAACAUCCAAACUUUACUUCUUUCCUUUUCUGUUGUUUCGUUUACUUGAUUGAUGGCAUCCUCACUGGCUUCCACUUCUGCUACUGUCACUGCUUCACCUCCUACCACCACCACCAAACCCCCACGCUUUAAAUCCAUUUAUCUCCGUUUUUUCAACAAGGGAUGUCCAACUACUCAUAUGGUAUUAUGCCCCAGGGUUAAGGCCCAGUUAAACGAGGUUGCCCUUGAUGGUCCCUCCAAUGAUGUGCCUCCUGUUAAAGCCAAAUCAGGCGUGGAAUCACCAACCACACCUUCAAUUGAACCAUCUUCUUCAGUCUCGGUAAACCAAGAAUCAAUCUCUCAGUUUUUUACUCAAGUUGCAAGUCUCGUCAAGCUUGUUGAUUCAAGAGACAUUGUAGAGUUGAAGCUGAAGCAGCUAAACUGUGAGGUAACAAUCAGGAAAAAAGAGGCUUUGCCUCAACCACAGUAUGCUCCUCAACCUGCAGUGAUGUAUUCACCACCUCCGCAACAUUUUGCGCCAUCAUCUACUCAGGCUCCUCUUGCUCCUUCACCGUCAACUUCUCCCCCUGCUGUCAAGUUGCUUAAAUCAUCACGUCCACCUCUUAAAAGCCCCAUGGCAGGGACAUUCUACCGAAGUCCUGCACCGGGUGAACCUCCAUUUGUGAAGGUUGGUGACAAAGUGAAGAAAGGUCAAGUCUUAUGCAUCGUUGAGGCAAUGAAAUUGAUGAAUGAAAUAGAAGCUGAUCAGUCAGGAACUAUAGUUGAAAUCGUCGCGGAAGAUGCUAAGCCCGUAAGCGUUGACACUCCGCUAUUUGUGAUCGAACCGUAGAGCCAACAGAGUAUUUCAAGUAGAUGGAUGAUAAUCUGCAGGUCUUGGUAGUUGAGAAGUGUGAGGUGCAUCAACUCGGUCGAGGAAGUGUAGGAAGAUUUUGUUUUGAAUUGGGAUGGUACAAUUGAGAAAAAUUACUCACUUAUAUGAAUUUGAGAGAACCUUCCUCUUAUUUUUCACUUCUAGAUGGUUGGACUAUGUUUUGGUGAACUUUUCUUUUUGGUUUCAACUUUCAGUUAAGUUUAUGUGUGUGAUAUUUAUUUCAAGUCUUCUGUUUUUCCUUUUUUAAGGAUAGGUGAGCUUUUGAUCCUGAUUUUAGUUGGUAACAUCAUUUAUUUCAAAUUUUAGGUGGUAAAUUGGAGAGUAUUAGCCUCAAUCAAAUUAUCUUUACAUAUGUAAGAGAUGGUACAAUUGAAGUGAGUAUUUGAAAAAUGUGUUCAAGCUA